AUGGAGUCAUCAACGACAACAUCGUACUCGGUCGUGUCUGAGCUCGAAGGAACACUAUUGAAAAACCCCAAACCCUUCGCCUACUUCAUGCUCGUGGCUUUCGAAGCAUCAGGUCUAAUCCGUUUUGCAGCCCUGCUGUUUCUCUGGCCUAUCAUAGCACUCCUUGACGUUUUGAGCUACAGAAACUGUAGCCUCAAGCUGAUGAUAUUCGUUGCAACGGCCGGUUUGCGCGAAUCAGAGAUCGAAUCAGUGGCUCGAGCUGUUCUUCCUAAAUUUUACAUGGAUGAUGUCAGCAUGGACGCUUGGAGAGCGUUUGGUUCGUGUGAGAAGAGCGUCGUUGUGACAAGAAUGCCACGAGUUAUGGUGGAGAGAUUCGCUAAAGACCAUCUUAGAGCCGAUGAAGUCAUCGGUACAGAGAUAAUCGUUAACCGUUUCGGUUAUGCCACCGGUUUGAUUCAAGAAACCGAUGUCGAUCGAUCUGUUUUCAACAGUGUGGCUAACUUGUUUGUUAAUCGGAGACCUCAACUAGGUCUUGGACGACCGGCUAUCUUGGAUUCCCCAACUUUCUUGUCGUUAUGUGAGGAGCAAAUUCAUGCACCAAUUCCAUCAAACUACAACGUUGAGAACCAGCAAAUUCAUGCACAGCCACUACCGGUUAUCUUUCACGAUGGACGUCUAGUGAAGCUACCGACACCAGCCACCGCGUUGCUCAUCCUUGUUUGGAUCCCUUUCGGAAUAAUCUUAGCUGUGAUUCGACUCUUCAUCGGCUUCAUGCUCCCAUUAUGGGCCAUACCUUACAUUUCACGUAUAUUCAACAUUCGUUUCAUCGUAAAAGGAAAGCCUCUGGCACAAGCAACCGCCGGAAACCUAGGUGUACUAUUCGUGUGCACUCAUAGAACCGUAAUGGAUCCUGUCAUAUUAUCCUACGUGCUUGGACGUAGCAUCCCAGCCGUUACCUACUCUGUUUCUCGACUAUCCGAGAUUCUAUCUCCGAUUCCAACCUUCCGGUUAACUCGAGUUCGGCAAGUAGACGCCGAGAUUAUCAAGAAAGAGUUAUCUAAUGGGGACUUAGUGGUAUAUCCUGAGGGAACCACUUGUCGCGAGCCGUUUCUGCUGAGGUUUAGCGCGCUUUUCGCGGAAUUGACGGAUAAGAUCGUUCCUGUGGCAAUGAACUAUAGAGUUGGAUUCUUUCAUGCGACUACCGCCAGAGGAUGGAAGGGUUUUGAUCCGAUCUUCUUUUUCAUGAACCCGAGACCGGUUUACGAGGUGACGUUCUUGAACCAGCUCGAAGUGGAGGCCACUUGUUCGUCAGGGAAGAGCCCAUAUGAUGUGGCCAACUAUGUACAGAGAAUCUUGGCGGCUACGUUAGGGUUUGAGUGUACUAACUUCACGAGGAAGGAUAAAUACAGAGUUCUCGCAGGGAACGACGGAACGGUGUCGUAUAUGUCGUUUUGCGACCAAUUCAAGAAGGUGGUCGCAACUUUCAAACCUUUUUUCCACUAG